UUUUCGCAAUACUCUCUCGGAAUAUUCAUAUUCCUUUCACUCCAAAAUCAUCUUUACUUGUAUCGCAGUGUCUUUCAUUUUCUGUUUGUAAGAAGAUUUAUUAGUGAGACGAAAUCACGCAGUGCUCGUAAUAAUUGUAAAGAACAAGAGAAAGGGGCAAAACGUACAACAAGCGACCGAUCGGACGUUUAUAUAUUUCUUAGGCGUAAUUAUCAUUAUGGCAGACGAGUGGACUAUUGAUAUAUUGAAGAAAUGGAAAUUUUCUUCGUACGAAGCAAUAUUUAAAGAACAAGAAAUAGAUAAAGACAGUUUUUUGAAGCUAAGUGAUGAGCAUAUACGUUUGUUGAUUCCUCGACUUGGCCCACAAGUCAAAUUUCUAAAUUUAUGGAAAAAUUUAGCGUCUUCAUUACAGAAGAUUGAAAACGUAGAAAUUCCAGAGGAAACCAGAAUUAUUGAUACAAUAGAUACCAUUGACGAUAAUGGUACUUUUGUAAUAGAGAAUAUAUUAUUUGAAAAUAUAUCUGAAGAAAAAGAACCAAUUGAUGAAUCUUCUACUGAUCCUCUACUGUCGAUACAGGUUGAGGAGUCACAGCAAGUAAAACGCACAGAAGAUUCUUGUCAUGAAAUCCGAAAACAUACCUGUAUUUCAAAUAAUGUAAAACGUUAUCUUGAACGAACAAGUGAUGGAAAGAGCUACUUUGGUAUUUAUAACAAGCAUGGCUUUGAUAAUGCUUUGAGAACAGAUUUAGCAAAAUAUAUUAUAGCAGCAGAGUUAGCUGAUGAUCCCAACAAACGAAUUACUUCAGACGAUUUCAGACGAUUUAGUCUACAAAUUGUACAGCUUUUUCCUAUGGAAAUUGCGGUUAGUUUUAUAUAA